AUGAUAUCUAUUUCUUAUGAUUCGAAGGAUAAAAAUGUUCUAAGUGAAGUAAAUGAUACUUCUGAAUUAAGUUUUGAAGAAGCAAAUAAAACAACCACUAUACCAAAAUCAACAUUUAUAAAUACGUCAGUCACUUCGGAGCAAUCUACUAGCAUUGAUAUCGAGCACAAAACAUCUAACUCACAAUCAAUACUGACAAUUAAUUGUCACAAAUCAAGUUGUGUAUGGCCAAAAGGAAUUUCCGAUCAAGUAGAUUUUAUUGAAUUUGUUAUUAGUGAUGAAGAAAUGAAUGCUUAUUGGGAAACUGUAAAAGAUUUUUUUUAA